AAUGGCCCUUGACACAUGGAGACUGCAACAACGAGAGCAAGGAUAUCAAGAUAUUUCAAUCACUCUAAGUCCCAACUCAGCCCUAAAUUUCCAACUCUACAAGGUUUCGACCAGAGUGAGAGGCUAUAUGUGUUCAUUUGGCUUUGGCCUGCUGCAGUACCUACUGGUUGGGAUGAAUUAAGCCAGACCUCUAUAUAUAUAGAGAAGUUUGUGACUAAGCCAAACAGAAUGCCUAGGACAAUGGCUCUACCUCAGCUGAUGUCCCCAAGUAUUCUUAGAAGAGCGGACUCUGCAAAGAAGAGUCUGUCUGUGACAUUUGAGGAUUCAGUUCCCUUUGACCUGAAAAGUGUGCUACAAGAGGCAGAUCAGGGAAACACUGGCCCAUAUGAUGAACUAUGUCAAGAAAUCGCAAAGGGAAUAAUGCAGCUGAGCCGUCUGUCGGAGGUGCUCGAGCAGCUGCACAGCUGCGCCGGCGAGCUGUGUGCCGAGCGGCACGUGCAUCUGGUGCGCGCUGUGCUGGCCUGCAGCUGGCACCACCUGCCGGAGCCGGCGCUGCUGCGCUACUUCUCCGUGGUGGUGCUGCUGGCCACCAGCCAGCCGCACUCGGCCACCGACGCCAUCAAGGUGCUGGUGCACGCGCUGCAGUUUGUCUCCGAGCCGGACCCGCUGCGCGAGGAGCCGUUCGCCGGCGACCUGACGGACGAGGAGCGGCGCAUCCACACGCUCUCGGUGCAGUCGCUGGCCGCCAUUCUCGGCGUCAUCCCCAUGGCGCAGGAGCCGCUGCUGCAGACCAUCCAGCAGCGCACGCCCUACCUGAAGAAGUCGGCGCGCUCCCAGGCGGCGUUUUUCAGCAGCGUGCUGCGGCUGGCCGCCCUGCUACCGUCCGCCCGGCUGCCGCUGCUGCGGCUCGUCUACCAGCGGCUGGUGCGGCUCGAUCUGCUGUGCCCGCGCGACCAGCUCGCGGCGGCGGCGGCAGAGGCGGCGGAGGACGCGCAGACGCCCGGGGAGGAGGGAGACGGUGAGGGAAAGGAAGAGGGCGGCGCGGCGGCGGCGGACGCGCCCGACGAGGCGGUGACGCUGGACGCCAUUAUGACGGUGACGCUGCGGCACAUGGAGACGGUGUGCUACCCGGACGGCGCCGGGCAGCUCGACUGGCCGGCCACCAAACUGCUCUACGCAGACCUCAUCAAGGUGUUUGAGGAGGUGGCGCUGCCGACACCGAGCACCGCGCACGCCCAGUUCGUGCUGUUCUGGCUGGCCGGCCGGCGGCUGGCGCUGGCCGAACACCUGAUCGACUGGCUGUGGCGGCGCGUGCAGAACCCGCAGGCGGCCGCUGUGCUCCGACAGACGGCCGCCCUCUACCUGGGCUCCUUCCUGGCGCGCGCCAAAAUCGUCAACAUCAACCUGGUACAGAGCUCGCUACAGGUCAUGUGCGGCUGGGUGCACCGGUACCUCACCCAGCAGGACAGCGCGGCUCGCGAGCGGGCCGACUUCUCCGUGCACCGGCCGUUCUACGCUGUUUGUCAGACGGUGUUCUACGUGUUCGCGUUCCGACACACGGAGAUGCCGCCCAACGAGACAUACCUGCCGUUCCUGAGAUCGCUCAACUACGAGCGCAUGGUGACGUCACAGCUGAACCCGCUGCGGUUCUGUCUGCCGGCGGUGGUGCAGAACUUUGCCAACGUGGCGCGUCACUACCAGCUGGCCUACUGCUACACCGUCAUCGAGAGGAACAACAGGAUCCGAAUUCCCGUGGUAGUCAGCACGGCGUUCGGUCUGAAGCGUCUGAGCGCCGAGCAGUUAUACAGCAGCUACUUCCCGUUCGACCCCUACCUGCUCAAACACUCGGCGUCCUUUAUAAAGCCGUGCUACCGCGAGUACGAGGGCGAUCCGAUCGACUCUGACUCUGAGUCCGACUCGGAGGAUGACGAGAUGGAGGCCGACGCCGCGGCGGCAGCCGCCUCUCUAGAGUUCAGCUACGCCGUGUCGCCUGGCUUCAAACACUGACAUCUGGUGGCCGCGAGAGGUAACUGUGCUUCCGUUGACCCCCGCUAGAUGGCGACAGCGGGGCGGUCGCUGCCUAGGCGUGCGAUGUUGGUGCAGGGAACUGGAGCGGGUGACCGGAUCAGGUACCGUCUUGUGCGCGGAAAAUGGAUAUGUUAUUGCCUGAUAAGCUGCCUGAUAGGCUUGGUAUGCCGCAUUUGGCUUUAUAUGGAUGUGUCGUUUUUGGUUUCUGCCUUCUUUCAGCUGUGGACGUCUCAUGUGGCUGGACAUUGGACAAUGACAUUUCUCUUGUGGCUGGACAGUGGACAAUGACAAUUCUCGUGUGGCUGGACAUGAGACAAUGUCUAUGUGGAAGUUUUCGACUGUUGCGUUUGAUAAAGCAUUGUAAAUAUUUUCAUAUGCCCUGGAAGUGGAGCGUGCCCACUGCCCUCAGUCCCCGAGUGCCGGUAGACAGGCGGGGUCGUUUCGUGCUGUAGAUGUGCGAUAUUAUUAUAGUAACAUAAUGCAUCAUAUAAUACAUGCACGAUAUACUUA